UUUUCGUUAGUCAGGAAUCAGAGAUUGAUCAAACCCUAAAUUUGUCAUUUUUAAACGUCAUAUAAGAUUCCUGAUCAUUAAUACAAUUAGUUGUUAUACAAUUUGUACGUAGCAUCCCAAAUGUUUUUUUAUCUGGGUUUCGAUUGUUUAGCUUAGACAUAUAUAUACUGUUCGAAAUUUUGAUUAUGCGUCAAAAAUUGGACACUUCUGAAUCGCCCCAUUUUGACUGGAUAAGUCUGAAAUUCUUGAUUGAUGAAGUCUGAUUGUAUCUGAGUUGCUCUUUGUCAAUACCAUGUCAGGUUGCAUUAUUAAAGGGAACUGGACAAGGAGGGCUGCUUAUAGAAGAUAACCAAAUAAGAAUUUGUCGUUUUGAAUUGGUAUUGGGAGCAAUGUGGCCAUUACAUAUCUUGCUCAACAAAUUUUUAAGAAAUGAAGAUGGCGACAGCAUAGAAGAGAAAGAAACUUGUUGUAGUCUGGUUAGAACAUAUCCAUUUAAACAGUCUGUGGAAAACCAAGAUGUUAUACUGCCUCGCUCACACUUUGUUGACGUUCCUCAUGUAGGGCAGCUAUGUUCUUGGGAUUGCGGUCUUGCGUGUAUUGUUAUGGUUUUAAGAACUAUUGGCAUCGAUCAAUGUAACAUUCAGGCAUUAACAGAGCUUUGUACCACAACAAGUGUUUGGACAGUGGACCUUGCGUAUCUGCUGCAGAAGUAUUCUGUUAGUUUUUCCUUCUUUACUGUUACUGUUGGAGCAAAUCCAGAUUAUUCUGUGGAGACCUUUUACAAGGAGCAGUUGCCUAAUGAUCAGAUGCGAGUUGAUAAAUUAUUCCAAAAAGCUGUGGAAUCUGGAAUCGACAUACAGUGCAGAUCGAUAAGCAGUGAAGAGCUUUCGGUCCUUAUAUUGUCAGGGAACUAUGUAGCUAUUGCAUUGGUGGACCAGGAUAAACUGAGUCGGUCUUGGAUGGAUGAUGUUUGUGUCUCAGGCUUGUGUAGUGGAAACUCAGGCUAUACAGGUCACUAUGUUGUAAUUUGCGGAUAUGACAUGGAGAAAGAUGAGUUUGAGAUGAGAGAUCCAGCCAGUUCUAGGAACUAUGACAGAGUAUCGAUGGAGUGUUUAGAAGAAGCUCGAAAAUCAUAUGGUACUGAUGAAGAUCUUCUCCUGAUUUCAUUGGAGAAGAGAGAGGUUGGACAAAAGUUCUCUCUGUAAUACUGUGCAUAUAUACCAUGUACCAUUUGUGAAAUGAAAAUACAUAAAUUGUACCACAAUCAUGUUAUCUUCCUGGGAGUAAUUCUGGGUUGUUAGUCUUAACAGUUGCUAAACUGUACCAGUAAACUAUAGUUGUUGAACAUUGGCAACAUGAAUACACAGUCUCUGAUCGAUCCCUAAAGUUUAAGUCAUACUCGUUCUUUGUGCAUAUUCAUCACUACUGUUUCCCAAUGUAAUUGGGCUUUCAUUUGUUAGAUGUUCUCCACUCUAUGAGUAUGUUCUGGGUUUUGAUUC